UAACGACCAUAGAGUAAGUAAAAUUAUUACUUUCUCUAUGCUAACGACCAUAGAUGAAGACAAGUAGCUAACGACUUCCGGUUUGUCUGUCUUUGCGAACGAACUAUAAAGUAGUUUACAUUUGAGCUGGCAAUUUGCCCAACACCGCAAAGGAAGAAGAAGAAGUAGUUUACAUUUUCAACAUAACCGAUGUUCUUUGAAUUGGAUGUUACUUUUUUUAUUUUGCCAUUAUCCGAUUGAUAAUUUGAAAUGAAUUUGGAACUUUUAGAAUCAUUUGGUCAGAACUAUCCCGAGGAAUUCGAUGGCACUCUGGACUCUCUAUCCAUUGCGCUCACCUGUGCUUUUAACAAGCGGGGAACCCUGCUUGCUGUCGGCUGCAAUGAUGGGCGAAUAGUCGUUUGGGACUUUCUUACGCGUGGAAUUGCAAAGAUUAUAUCAGCCCAUGUGCAUCCAGUGUGUAGUAUUAGCUGGUCGAGAAACAGCUACAAACUAGCGUCAGCUUCUACCGAUAAUACUGUGUGCAUUUGGGAUGUUUUAACUGGAGAAUGUGAACAGAAAUACAGGUUUCCGUGUCCCGUGCUAAAAGUGCAAUUUGAGCCAAGAAAACUGGAGAGGCUGUUGGUGUGUCCGAUGAAACAUGCGCCCAUUCUUAUAGACACAACUGGUCGACAUCAAGUGCUGCCUAUCGACGAGGAUGGCGACCUUAAUAUUGCUGCCUCCUUUGACCGGAGGGGCGACUAUGUGUACACUGGUAACGCCAAAGGCAAAGUAUUGGUUCUGGACACCAGAACGCUAGAAGUAAGGGCGAGCUUUCGCAUAGUACUGGGCUCAUCCAGUGCCACUGCAGUGAGGAGCAUUGAGUUUGCUCGAAGGGGCGAUAACUUUUUAAUCAACACAGCAGAUAGGGUCAUUCGGGUAUACGAUAGCAAGGAGGUCUUGACUUACGGCAAAGAUGGGGAGCCUGAGCCUAUCCAAAAGCUUCAAGACUUAGUUAACAAAACGAUGUGGAAAAAAUGCUGCUUCUCUGGCGACGGCGAGUAUAUUUGUGCAGGCUCUGCUCGACAACACGCUCUUUAUAUCUGGGAAAAGUCCAUCGGAAAUCUAGUGAAAAUCUUGCAUGGAACCAAGGGAGAACUUUUGGUGGAUGUAGCCUGGCAUCCAGUGCGCCCAAUCAUCGCCAGUAUAUCAUCAGGCGUUGUGAGUGUAUGGGCGCAGAACCAAGUGGAGAACUGGUCCGCUUUCGCACCCGACUUUAAAGAGCUGGACGAAAACGUGGAAUAUGAGGAAAGGGAGAGCGAGUUCGACAUUGAUGACGAGGACAAAUCGGUAGCGAGCGGCGGUGAUGCGAAAGAAGAUACGGACUUGGAGGUCGAUGUUUGUCAAGUGGAGAAAGUGGCCGCGUUUUGUAGUAGCGAUGAAGAAAACGAGAACAACGACUGCCUUCAGUUCCUGCCCAUCGCUCCGGAGAUCGAAGAUCCAGAAGACAACUGGACACCCACUGAUACGAACAUCACAGCCUCUAACACGAGCACGAUGCCGGAGCCAGCUAAAAAAAAAAAGUACAAAACUUACGAUAUUGCCCUGGAAAACGUGGCUGAAGGAGGUAAUUUUGGCAGUAAAUGAAUGACCAAAGUAGAGUUAGCUAGACCAGACAUGCCAUAGUUCUAUACUAAGCAUAGCAAGGACAAUUUAAGUUUUUCAGGUUUUUUCAUUUAUGAUCUGUUAAGGCUAGUUACAAAACAAAAAUACUGAUUGUUGUUGAGGAGGCCUCAAGCCUUCGCUAAUGAGCCUGUAUUGUGCUACAAGUAUGUACUAGUUUGUACUUCCCACCCAGAAACAGAAUUUUUAGUUUAUUUCGUAAUGUUUCCUAAGUGCCUGUGACUACAUAUUUCCACGUGUAACGACAGUUUAUUUCUUUCUGAAAUUUGGAACCAAUUCUCUUGCACGCCUGGACUCUGUCCAUUGUACUGAAUAAAUAUUUUUUUUAUAUUUU